CACUGAUUCCCUCUCCACUCUCCAUGAUCAAAAGCACCGUCUUGUUCCUGCACUCGGUUGUCAGGUUCAUGAUUUCUUGAUGAGUCUGGUGAGAUAUAAAGAAAGAUUCUCCAUUGAUUUCCAUUUCAAUGCAAGCCUGAGAUAGUCAUAAGGGAAUAAGAGAUGGGAUGUGCUCAAUCAAGGGUAGAUGAUGAAGAGGCAGUUCAGCUUUGCAAAGAUAGGAAGAGGUUCAUCAAGCAAGCUAUGGAGCAAAGAACUCGAUUUGCCACUGGACACAUAGCCUAUAUAGAAUCUCUGAAAAGAGUUUCAGCAGCACUUCGUGAUUACAUUGAAGGAGAUGAGCCUCGUGAGUUCUUAGUAGAUUCAGUCAUCACCCCACCACCUAUCACAACUGUGAAGAAAACUAGGCCAGGUUUCAUUCCCAUAUCAUCAAAACCUUUAACACCAACAACAAUUGAGUUUGAAGUUGGACCAAAUUCUACUUUGAAAGUGAAUUACCUAAGGCCAGGUGGUAAUCCAGCAAUUUCAGUUGAGGAAAGGCCUCAAUCUCCAGAAAUGGUCCGGGUUGAAACUUAUUCUCCAAUGCAGCAUUAUGGCAAUGAUGGUUUUUUCCCUAUGCAAUACUCACCUCCUAUGAAUCCAUCAAUUUUUGCUUACUCUCCCAUUAGUAGGCCUAUUAUCCCUCCCCCUUCACCUCAAACUUCCCAAUGGGAUUUCUUUUGGAACCCGUUUUCGUCAUUGGAUUACAAUGGUUAUCUUACCCGAAGUAGCCUUGAUCGAACUGUCAUGGAUGAUGAAUAUAGAGGACUGAGGCAGGUUCGUGAAGACGAGGGAAUACCAGACCUGGAAGAAGAUGAAACUGAACAAGAAGAUCAUUUUGGAAAGAGAAAUGUUGCAGAAGAAAGAACCAGAACUGAUAUAAAUUCCUCCAAAGAAGAAGUGAUUGUUGAAGAUGUUGAUGAUGAUGAUGAUGAUGAUGAUGACGACGAUGAUGAGGAGGAGGAGGAGGAAGAGGAGGGAACAGACACUGAAAUUGAAGCUGAGCAUGAUGCCAAAGACUCACAAGCCAAUACUAGAGUAAAUGUUGAAGUAUCAAAAGCUCAAAGUGCAGGUCAUAUUGAAUCCUUCCAUCGGGAAAUGGCAAUUGGUAAUCAAGAAGCUAAGGAGGAAACACCAGGUUUUACUGUUUAUGUAAACCGAAGACCAACAAGCAUGGCCGAAGUGAUCACUGAUCUUGAAGCUCAAUUCACAAUCGUGUGCAAUGCAGCCAAUGAUGUCUCAGCAUUGUUAGAGGCCAAGAAAGCUCAGUAUUUAUUGACAUCUAAUGAACUGUCAGCAUCUAAGUUGUUGAACCCAGUAGCUUUGUUCCGCUCAGCUUCUUCACGAUCUUCUUCUUCAAGAUUCUUAAUGAAUUCAAGCACUAAAGAGGAAGGUAAUGAGGGCACUAAGGAUCUUUCAGAGGAACGUUGUAUGCUUUCUGGUAGUCACCAGACCACAUUGGACAAAUUAAAUGCAUGGGAGAAGAAGCUCUAUGAAGAAGUCAAGUCUGGAGAACGUGUUCGAAUUGCGUAUGAGAAGAAAUGUAAGCAACUCAGGAACCAUGAUUUUCAAGGAGAUGACCCCUCUUAUGCCGAUAAAACAAGUGCAGCCCUUAGAGAUCUAGAUACCCAGAUAACGGUUUCAAUACACUCAGUUGAAGCUAUAUCCAGGAGAAUUGAAACUCUAAGGGAUGAAGAGUUGCAUCCCCAACUUCUUGAAUUGGUGCAAGGGCUGGAAAAGAUGUGGAAAGUGAUGGCAGAUUGUCAUCAGACACAGAAGAGAACUUUAGAUGAAGCUAAGAUUCUUCUAGCUGGCACUCCUUCUAAAUUACAUGCAAGAAAACAGUCUUCCAUGUCAAUGACUGAUCCAAUUAGGCUAGCCCGCUCAGCCUCUAAUCUCGAGUUCGAGUUAAGGAAUUGGAGAAACACCUUUGAGUCAUGGAUCACUUCUCAAAGAUCCUAUAUUCAAGCAUUAACUGGAUGGCUUCUCAGAUGUAUGAGAUCUGAGCCUGAUGUAUCAAAGUUACCAUGCUCUCCUCAUCGGUCCAGUGGCACUCACCCAUUAUUUGGACUUUGUGUUCAGUGGUCAAGGCGUCUAGAUGCCAUACAUGAAAAAGCAGUGCUUGAUGGCUUAGACUUUUUUGCAGCUGGUAUGGGAUCAAUCUAUGCACAUCAAUUAAGAGAAGAUUCUCAGGGAAAUUCAUUUGGAUCAAAACAAACCAAUGGGAAUAUGGAAAUGGUGGAAGUUGGUCAAGUGGAAGAGGCAAUGGCUCCAGAAAAACUAGCUGAAGUUGCUAUUAAGGUACUUUGUGCUGGAAUGUCUGUUGCUAUCAGCUCACUGGCAAAGUUUGCUUUAGAUUCUGCUGAGGGAUACAGUGAAGUUAUUAAGCAAUGGGAGAAUGUGAAGUGUCAGCAUACUUCUAGUGAGACUAAAACAUAGAUGUCUCACAUUUUGUGGUCUUAGUUAUUUAGUUUAGGCUUGUUUAGCAAUAGGUUUCUGUCUGUCCAUGUAAUUAUGUAUUUAAUUAAUCAUACAAGGUAGAAAA